AUGGGCAGGAGGCCCAACGUGGCUGUCAUUGGGGCUGGUCUAUCGGGCUUGAGAUGCGCUGACAUUCUUAUCCAGAAUGGUGCCCGGGUGACACUAUUUGAAGCGAGAGACAGAGUCGGCGGCCGGGUACAUCAGCAGAAGAUCCACGAACAUCUUAUAGACAUGGGCCCGAACUGGAUACAUGGCACUGGGAAAAACCCGAUUGUUGCGAUUUCAGAAGCAACAAGGACAGUGCUCGAAGACUUUGAAGGGAAUCAGGCUCUGAUCUCCACAGAUGGCAAGGCAAUUGACGAUGCACUAGCUGCUAAAGUAUCAGCGGUACUGUGGACGACUAUCGAGAAGGCCUUUGAAUAUAGCAAUACGCACAAAGAUAUCAUUCCACCUGAACGAAGCCUGCUUGACUUCUUCCGCGAGGAGGUGGAGAAGACAGACCUCAGCGCUGCCGAGAAGGAGCUUUGCAUUGAAUCCUGCAGACUAUGGGGAGCGUACGUCGGUGAUCCAAUCGAGAGGCAGAGCUUGAAAUUCUUCUGUCUUGAGGAGUGCAUAGAUGGGAAUAACUUCUUUGUAGCAUCGACAUACAAGAACAUUCUCAAGUAUGUCUCUCAGAACGCUCUCCAACGCGCAGAUAUCCGUUUCAGCCAACCAAUCGUGAAAGUCGACUCCGAGUCCCGGAAAGCCAUGGGAUCCCCCAGCAAAGUGAAUCUCACAACAGCAUCAGGAGAGACCUUCCAGUUCGACGAAGUAGUCGUCACCUGCCCACUCGGCUGGCUCAAACGCAACAAACAAGCCUUCACCCCAGACCUUCCCCCUCGACUUAAUCAAGCCAUCGACAGCAUUUCCUACGGCAGACUAGAAAAAGUCUACGUUACAUUUUCCCGCGCAUACUGGCACGCCGGCCCCCAGGAUCCCAAGACCGCCGACAUCCUCAAAACCAACCUAGAAUACAACAGCUUCGAGAACCCCACCUUUGCCCAAUUCCUCAACCCAGAAUACACUGAAAAACCGAACAACAUCCUCUGGAACCAAGAAUGUAUCUCGCUCGCCGCUCUCCCCACCUCCUCCUGCGCACACCCCACUCUCCUCUUCUACACCUUUGGCCCCUGCUCCACAUACAUUGUUUCCAAGCUAAAGGGCCUCGAUCCCUCAUCCAAAGAAUACUUCAACUUCCUCAACGACUUCCUCCAUCCCUUCUACUCCCGCCUCUACGGCUACUCAGACUCAUCCCCAGACUGCAAACCAAUCGCCUUCGCCGCAACGCAGUGGCAGAACGACCCCUACGCUGGUAACGGCUCCUACUGCAACUUCCAAGUCGGCCUCACUCAGGGAGAUCGAGACAUCGAGGUCUUGCGCGCGGGCAUGGGCGCAGACCGCGGUGUCUGGUUCGCGGGCGAACAUACAGCGCCGUUUGUGGCGCUGGGCACCACCACCGGUGCGUAUUGGAGUGGUGAGCGCGCUGCAGGCCAAAUUUGCAAUCUGUAUGGGCUGGGUAGGCUUGGUAUUGGGUUGGAGAGGGACGAUUCGUUGCCUUCUGCUACGCCGAAGGGGCUUUUAUAA